AUGAGCAGCUACGACGUAGCGGAGGAGAUCCGCGCCGCGUUGCCGGAGACGGACGAGAUCUUCGUGCAAUAUCUUGCGGGCUACCUCCUGGAUGAUGCCGCCGAAGACGAAGACGCCAUGUCUGUCGCACGCUUGAUGCUGGAGAGCGCUGCUCUGUCUGGUCCGUCCAAAGAUACGACCCAGGUCGUAGACGGCAUCAUGGCGAAACUUGGAGAGUUGUUGAAGGAUCUGCUUGAGGAGCGCGCGAAGAAGCAGGGUCAAGCGCAGAGGUUACAACGUCUCGACAAGGUCCUCGACAUGAGUAAAACGGCCACGAUGUCCUCCACCCUCGCUUUUGCCGAAGGCGUCGACCUCGAAUCCAUCAACAAGGGCAAAGCCUCGCGUGUCGAUGUGAAGAAGCUCGAAAAGCAAGAAGCCAAGUUGCGCGCCAAGAUCGAGAAGCGCGCACGUCGGCCGGGCGGAGACUUAUAUGAGGGCUCGAAGUUGUUGAAGGAGACGAAGGCGAAGGAGAGUUACGAGGAGAUGUUUAUGAAGAUCAACUCGCUCGAUGCGGCCAAGGACGCGAGGAAUAAGAGCAAGGACAUUCACUUGCCCAGCAUCGACGUUUCUUUCGGCUCGAACCGCAUCCUCUCUGGCGCUUCGCUCACCCUCGCACACGGCCGACGCUAUGGUAUCAUCGGUCGUAACGGUGUUGGCAAGUCGACUCUACUUAGGCAUAUCGCCAUGCGCGACGUUCCUAUUCCGGCGCAUAUCACCAUCUUGUUCGUCGAGCAGGAGAUCAUCGGAGACGACACCCUCGCCAUCGACUCAGUCCUCAAAGCGGACGUCUGGCGCGACCACCUGCUGCGUGAAGAAGCCUCACUCAACGCGCGUCUCGCGGCGCUCGACUCGGACGCAUCAAAAGCGACCGAUGACGCGCGUGAUGAGCUCGAUUCGCGCUUGAGCGAUGUGCACGCUCGCCUGGCGGAUAUGGACGCUGCGUCGGGUCCGGCCCGUGCUGCGGCGUUGCUUGCUGGUCUCGGAUUCAACGAGGCCGAUCAGCAGAGGCCGACGAAGAGCUUCUCUGGUGGUUGGAGGAUGCGACUGGCGCUUGCGCGUGCGCUGUUCGUGAAGCCUGCGCUGUUACUGCUCGACGAGCCGAGCAAUCACAUCGACUUGAACGCUCUUGCAUGGCUCGAAGACUACUUGCAGACUUGGGAGGGCACACUUCUCGUCGUAUCCCACGACCGUGCAUUCCUCGACGCUGUCGCGACGGAUAUCAUUCACCAGCACUCCGGCCGCCUGGACUACUACAAGGGCAACUUCACGCAGUUCUACUCGACCAAGAGCGAGCGCGAACGCAACUUGCGUCGCGAGUACGAUGCGCAGAUGGAAUACCGCGCACAUCUGCAGGCCUUCAUCGAUCGCUGGAGGUACAACGCCAACCGCGCCGCCCAGGCGCAGUCGAAGAUCAAGAUCCUCGAGAAGCUGCCCGAGCUCACGCCGCCCGAGGUGGACGAGACCGAAACGUUCCGCUUCCCGGAGACGGAAAAGAUAUCGCCUCCGUUACUGCAGCUGAGCGACGUGACGUUCGGAUACGACCCAGCCAAGCCCAUCCUGAACAAGAUCAACAUCGAUGUCGGCCUCGAUAGCCGUAUCGCGGUUGUGGGUAGCAACGGCGCUGGAAAGUCGACUCUCAUCAAGUUGCUGACGGGCGAUCUCAGCCCGCUAGCUGGCCAGAUGAACCGCAACGGCCGCCUGCGCGUCGGAUACUUCGCCCAGCACCACGUCGAGACGCUCAUCCCGACAAUGAACCCCGUGCAGUUCCUCGCGAGCAAGUUCCCCGGCAAGACGGAGCAGGAGUAUCGCUCGCAUCUUGGUAACUUCCAGAUUAGCGGUAUGACUGGGUUGCAGUUGAUCGGAACACUCUCGGGAGGACAGAAGAGUCGAGUAGCGUUUGCGGUGCUGAGCAUGUUGCGCCCGCAUAUUCUGUUGCUCGACGAGCCGACUAACCACCUCGAUCUCGAGGGUCUCGAUGCGCUCAUGAAGGCACUCAGCGAAUGGAACGGAGGCGUGAUCGUGAUCUCUCACGACGAGCGCUUCAUCACGCACGUUGCCAGUGAACUUUGGGUAUGCGGCGACGGUACAGUAUCGAAGUUCCAUGGAGAUGUGCAGGCGUACAAGCAACUCAUCGUCAGCAACGUCAAGACGAAGCCCUAA